AUUGACUUGGAGAGCUCCAAAGUAGCGUGUACGAGGAAAUGAAAGAAACAGAAGAAGCUCGCAAUGAUGUGAUGCAGAGACUUCAGUCGUCGUUUGGGACUUCGUCUUCUCUACCGAAACAACCAUUGUCGACCAAACGAUUCGACCUUCCCCAUUUGAACACUAACAUGGUUCCUGCUCCGCUCAGACAUUUCUCGCAGAAUUUCAGUCCGGAUAACAAUAAGAGGCCUGGUAUACCUCCAUCACACCCGCACUUCCCUCCCGUCUCUCCCUAUGCACAGAUCCCAGUCUCUCGAACAGCUACUCAGCAACUGGGUUCUCAGAAUUUUAGCGGUCCUUCCCAUUCAAGAUCUCUGUCACAACCAGCAUUUUUCUCUCUCGAUAACUUACCUCCCCUGAGCCCUUCACCUUACCGUGACUCCUCAUCACAAUCGCUAUCUGACACAGUUUCUGCUGAUGUUUCAAUGGAAGACCGAGAUGGGAGCUCCCAGUCACAAGCACACCCUCCUCCAUCACCUUUCACGAGAUGUAAUUCUGGCCGUGUCAGUGAGAGCCUUCCCCCUCGUAAAGCGCACAGACGCUCUAGCAGUGAUAUUCCAUUUGGGUUCAAUACAAUGGUCCAAUCUUCGCCUCCAUUCAUCCCGCUUAGGGGUCAGGCUGGUGUUUUGGACCGAUCAACAGCGUCAAGAGAGAAUUCGGGAAUGAUUAAUCCGGUUCAGUUGGUGAAACGGGAAUCGGACUGGGAUAGAGAUGGUGAUAGUAAUGCAGAAGGAAUGGGGGAGAGAAAAUCCGAAGGUGAAGUUGUAGAUGACUUUUUGUCCGCUUACAUGAACUGGGACAACAUGGAUUCGCUGAAUUCAUCUGGAACUGAGGACAAACACCGUCAUGAGAACCGCGAGGAUUUAGAUAGCAGAGCAAGUGGCACAAAAACGAAUGGGGCUGAUAGCAGUGAUAAUGAAGCAGAAAGCAGCAUAAAUGAGAGCAGCAACAGCAUGAGUCGCCCGAACCCAAGUUCCUCUACUGAGAGGAAGGAAGGGACCAAAAGGAGUGCAGGGGGGGACAUUGCUCCGACCACCCGUCACCAUAGAAGUGUUUCUAUGGAUAGCUUCAUGGGAAAGAUGCAUAGCUUCGGCGAUGAGUCGCCAAAAUUACCACCUUCCUCUGGAAACCUGGCAGUUCAACACUCACACAGCAAUUCAAUGGACGGGAACUCUACAUUCAGUUCAGAUUUUGGUAAUGGCGAGUUCAGUGGGGCUGAGCUGAAGAAGAUUAUGGCCAAUGAAAAACUUGCUGAGAUUGCAUUGUCAGACCCCAAACGUGCCAAAAGGAUUUUGGCAAAUCGACAAUCCGCUGCUCGGUCCAAGGAGAGGAAAAUGCGAUACAUCUCAGAACUGGAACACAAGGUGCAAACUCUGCAGACAGAAGCCACCACAUUGUCUGCACAGUUGACUCUGUUACAGAGGGAUUCUGCUGGGCUUACAAGCCAGAACAAUGAGUUGAAGUUCCGUCUUCAAGCCAUGGAACAACAGGCUCAACUCAGAGAUGCCCUGAACGAGACAUUGACUACGGAAGUUCAGCGCCUGAAGUUGGCUACUGCAGAAUUGGGUGGGGAGGUUCAUCCUUCUAAUUGCUUGCCUCAGCAGUUAUCUGUAAAUCCUCAGAUAUUCCAAUUCCAGAAUCAGCAGCUCAACCUUUAUCAGUUGCAGCAGCAGCAACAGCAGCAUAAUCAACAGCCACCGCAUCAGCAAAAUCAGGCACAGCCACAGACCCAGAAACAGCAGCAGCCCACCAACUGAACGGCAAAGAAAGAAUUGAACCAGUAGGCUGAGGGGAAGUGGAUUUAUUAAGCUAUCAGUUAAAAUUGUCUGCUCUAUUAAUCGUGAGAUUCAGUCUGGCUUCUGUCCUCCGUUGAAUCACCGCCUGUGUCUGUUAAGGUGUGCACUCGCAGGUAAUGACUUGAAUGGGGAUUCUACCAGUUCAUCUUUUUUAUGGGCUAGCCCUGUUCCCUCCAUCUCGGGGUAGUAUGAAGUCAUAUAAGGGAUAUAUUCUUAUUUAUGUAUACUUAAUAUCUCCAUUUUUCGUUCCAUCACAUUGUAGGGUCAAAUUUAAUUUCCAUUGUAAGUGUUGUUGAUUGGUCU